ACAAGAAAUGCCUAUACGAAUGGGCAAACUAAAAGAUUUGCGGAUAUUGUCUAAUUUCAUUGUGGACAAAAAAAGGGUUUGACAAUCAAGGAGUUGAAGGACAUGUCACAUCUACGAGGAGAACUUUACAUUUCGAAAUUGGAAAAUGUGGUGAAUAUUCAAGAUGCAAGGGAUGCCGAUUUAAAAUUGAAGCAUAACCUUGAAAGCUUGAUAAUGCAGUGGAGUUUUGAGAUGGAUGGUUCAGGGAAUGAAAAGAAUCAAAUGGAUGUCCUUGACUCUCUACAACCAUGUUCGAAUCUGAACAAACUCUGCAUUCAGUUGUAUGGUGGUCCAGAAUUCCCACGUUGGAUAGGGGAUGCUUUGUUCUCUAAGAUGGUGGAUCUACGUCUCAUAGAUUGCAGAAAGUGCACGUCUUUACCAUGCUUGGGGCAGUUGCCAUCGCUCAAACAGUUGAGGAUCCAAGGAAUGGUUGGAGUAAAAAAAGUGGGUGCAGAGUUUUAUGGAGAGACUCGUGUUUCUGCAGGUAAGUUUUUCCCAUCACUAGAGUCUCUACAUUUUAAUAGCAUGUUAGAAUGGGAGCACUGGGAGGAUUGGUCUUCCUCAACAGAGUCAUUAUUCCCUUGCCUCCAUAAGCUUACAAUUGAGGAUUGCCCCAAAUUGAUUAUGAAACUACCCACUUACCUACCUUCUCUUACAAAGCUCUCUGUUCUCUUUUGUCCAAAAUUGGAGUCUCCACUUUCAAGACUUCCACUGCUGAAGGAAUUACGUGUAGGAAAAUGUAAUGAGGCGGUCUUGAGCAGUGGAAAUGACCUCACCUCACUCACCAAGUUAACAAUUUCUAGGAUUUCAGGGCUUAUCAAAUUGCAUGAAGGAUUUGUGCAAUUUUUGCAAGGGCUUCGGGUUUUGGAAGUAUCGGGAUGUGAAGAACUCGAAUAUUUGUGGGAGGAUGGUUUUGGAUCGGAAAACUCUCUUUCUCUUGAGAUUAGAGAUUGUGAUCAACUUGUAUCCUUGGGAUGCAAUCUUCAGUCUUUGGAAAUAAGUGGAUGUGAUAAACUAGAGAGGCUUCCAAAUGGAUGGCAGAGUCUAACAUGCCUCGAAGAGUUGGAAAUCAGGAAUUGUCCAAAGCUAGCGUCAUUUCCAGAUGUAGGUUUCCCACCAAUGCUGAGAAAUCUUAUUCUUGACAAUUGUGAAGGUCUAAAGUGUCUACCUGAUGGCAUGAUGUUGAAGAUGAGGAACGACAGUACUGACAGCAACAACUUGUGUCUCCUUGAAAAGCUAGUGAUAUACAGAUGUCCACCUCUCAUUUGCUUUCCAAAAGGGCAAUUACCCACCACCCUUAAGAGUCUAAGCAUAUUGUAUUGUGAAAAUCUCAAGUCUCUUCCAGAAGGAAUGAUGCACUGCAAUUCCAUCGCCACCACCAGCACCAUGGACAUGUGUGCCCUUGAAUACUUAAAUCUACAUAUGUGUCCCUCUUUGAUUGGUUUUCCGAGAGGUAGGUUACCCAUCACUCUCAAGGAACUCAGCAUAAGUAAUUGUGAAAAGCUGGAGUCUCUACCAGAGGGAAUAAUGCACUACGAUUCCACAUAUGCUGCUGCUCUCCAAGACUUGGAAAUCCGUAAAUGUCCAUCUCUCACAUCCUUCCCAAGAGGCAAGUUUCCAUCCACCCUUGAGCGACUUGACAUUGGGGGUUGUGAACACCUCGAGUCAAUUUCAGAGGAGAUGUUUCACUCUACUAAUAAUUCACUUCAAUCUUUAAUCCUCGGGAGGUAUCCUAAUCUCAAAACCCUACCAGAUUGCCUCAACACCCUCACAAAUCUACGUAUUGCAGAUUUUGAAAAUCUGGAAUUGUUGCUUCCUCAGAUAAAAAAGCUCACUCGUCUUACAAACCUUAGUAUCUGGAAUUGUUGCGAGAAUAUCAAGACCCCCCUAUCCCAAUGGGGCCUUGCCAGACUUACCUCUCUUAAAGACCUCUCGAUUAGAGGCAUGUUUCCAGAUGCAACUUCCUUUUCGGAUGACCCCCACUCGAUUCUUUUUCCUACAACUCUCACCUCCCUUACCCUUUCAGAAUUCCAGAAUCUGGAAUCCCUAGCCUCCCUGUCUCUCCAAACCCUCACCUCUCUUGAACAGCUAGUAAUCGAAAGUUGCCCUAAGCUCCGGUCGAUUUUGCCAAGGGAAGGACUAUUGCCUGACACCCUUUCACGACUGUAUGUGGAGAGUUGCCCACAUCUAACACAAAGGUACUCGAAGGAGGAAGGAGAUGAUUGGCCCAAGAUUGCCCACAUCCCCUGUGUGAAGAUAAAUAAGUUCUAAUGAGGUCAUUUACCGGAAAAACGGUGUCAAUUUGAGAAAGGGGAAGAAUGGCGUUAUAUAGAUCUCAUUCCUAAAAUAGUGAUCAAUGAAGUGCUAUUUUAAUCAAAGGGCCACUCCGCCAAUACACAGUCAGUGUUCAUUACAAGUAAUCGGGAUGAGCCUAGAUGUGUGAACUCUCCUUUGGUUCAGCAGCUUGCACUGAUUGGGCGUCCAUGUAAAAUGUGCUCUAACCAAGUGGAUUUCUUCAAAAGGAAGUGGAAUAUGAAGAAAGGAUAGAUUGUUCAGAUUUUGCCUGUAGAGGAAGGGAGAUUGCUGGGUGCUCAACACUUGAUGCUCAUUGCUCUGUUCAAGAAGAAUAAGAAACUGAGAGGAUCAGUUUCAGCCAUGUCAGGACUCUAAUCCAUGGCAGGCUUUCUCUGAGGUAGGUGCCCAGACAACAAUAGCAAGUCUAUUAGGACCCGAAAUGGCCAUCACAACAAACCAGCCACAGAAGCAACUUCUGGCCCUGAAACUUGGGGUUUUGGAACAGAGAUUUUACAGCCACCCUGGUGCCAGCUCUAAUAUUUCCAGACCCUCCAUUGGAGGCAAUAAUGCCCAGCUGUUUGUUGACUCAAAGAAGAUUGAGGGCAAGCUGGCUACUCAACCUGCUGGAUGGGCUGGUUUCUAACUUAUUGGUGAUGUAUAUCAUCCUGGGCACUUCUGGCCAUAAGAGAUGGGAAUAGGUAAAAAAGCAAAACAAAAAGGGAUUCAUGGCUUUCUGGGCAUGGUUAUGCUUAUCUAAAUGCAUUAGCUGGACAAUCGAAUGGCGGUUACUUAUCUAACAGAUGUUGUUUUACUAGACCAUGAAUAAAAGAAAACUCAACCCUCUCAUCCGUAAUUCAGAACCAUCUAAAGCCUGGCCAUGGAAUAAGCUCAAGCCUUUCUGUACAGAGAAGCUGGACUCUCUCAAAUUUUUGAUUUGUAAAUAUCCAAAGAUUGAACCUUGGCAUUGAGCUGAUGCUUCAUAACGUGUUAUUAUAAGAGACAUAGGCUGCUCGAGUUGUCUGAAUAUACCCCAUAGUCCCUCUGAUGCCUGUACACAAGUCCUUGGGCGCCUCCAGAAAGGAAGCUUGAUAAAGAGCCAUUGUGCAUAAAA